UAAACCAGACUAUGGCACUCCUCAUGUCUCUAGUACAACUGAUGAUUAACAAUAUUUAAAGUUUCGAAAUCCAUCACUAUGGAGGACAGAGCUAAAGAACUAUACAGUACAUGGAUGUAAAGAUGCAUGCUCUGCUCUCGGGUAAACACUAACAAUUAUGUUUUUUGUCAUGUCAUCCUGAAGGUCCCGGACCCUUCCCUGGAGUUUUAGACAUGUGGGGAGGUGGUGGCGGCCUAGUGGAAUAUCGAGCUGCUCUCUUGGCAUCCCACGGCUUUGCUGCCAUGGCGUUAAUGUACCUUUUCCCAGAUGCACAGAAAGCUGCUACCAUUGGCUUCCAUUACAUUGAGAAUGCUUUCAGACUGCUGCAGGAUUACCCUCUAGUGGCCUCUGACAAAAUUGCCCUGCUUGGCACGUCCUUUGGCGCCUCAGUCACUUUAUCCCUCGCUGUCUUCUCAGAAACUGUAAAACCAUUAUGUUGUGUGUGCAUCAGUGGCAGCCAUGUUCUUACACUCAAAGCCAACCAGUCCAUUGCGGAAUCCUUCAAAGUGAUGAAAGAACACGUCCAUAAGUCUCGCAUGGAUGAGAACAAUUGCAUCAUUUGGAGGGACACUCUUCUACCCAUUCCAGAGGAUUCUGACCUGAAAGUAGAUGUGGGGAGGAUAACAUGUCCAUUAUUACUGGUUGUUGGACAAGAUGAUACGAAUUGGGCUGCUGUUGAAUCAGCUGAUGAUAUGACGCAGAUGAUGGAGAGAGCAGGGAACAGUCACCUGCUGACCACUCUGUCCUACCCUGGAGCUGGUCACCUGAUUGAACCUCCGUAUGGUCCCCACUGCAGGUCUUGCACCUUUGUGUUGCAGCCAGACCAACAGAGAGUGGUCGUGCUGUGGGGAGGCCUCACCAAACCUCACGCUGUUGCACAAGAAGACUCAUGGGAGAAGAUUCUAGGUUUUCUGCGAGAGCAUCUCUGUCACAGUGUCAAACCCCAUGUGCAGUCCAGAUUGUGAGCAUUGUCUUACAUCAGGUGGCAUCACUCUUACAUGUGAGAGAAGAUUCUAGGUUUUCACCAAGAGCAUGUCUUCCAGAGCGUUGAUCCAGUCUGAUUUAGAGGUCAUCAACAUCAAACAAAAAUAUGCUGAAUUAGAUAGUAACAACCCAGAUGCAGUGGGAGUGUACCACAGCAUCAACCGCCACAUCGGUGCAAGAUGAGUUCAAGAUUUUGCUGAAAGUCUGGGUUAUACGCACAAAUCUCAACUUAGUUUUCAGUCCUUUGUGCCGAAGCAAUGUCACUGAAUUCUGAAGAGGACUUUGUGUAUUAUUUCUGGAGUUUCAAAGAAUCAAUGAUUUUCUUCCUGUUUUCAAAGAUGUCUAUCCACUCUCUGGUAUUUAAUAGUAAAACUACGGUACUGUAGAACUUCAAGGCCACCACAGGUGAAACAGCAUGGUAGGUAUAAACGUAAUAUUGUUGUCAUACAAUAAAUGUAAACUGAAUGUA